AUGACUCCCUCGCACGAUGCCAAGGUCACCAUUGACAAGUUCAACGGUGACAACUACGCGACAUGGAGCCGCUACAUGCGUGGCGUGUUCCUGACGAAGUCGACGUGGCAUGUCGUGAACCGGGAGACGUCGUCGACGUUUGCAGACCCACGCGCCAUGGACGACUACGCCAAGGCAAGCAACGUGGCGUUCGGUCUUAUGCUUCUGCAUAUGGACGCGGACUACCACCACGUGGUUGAUGACUGCGAAGAAGCCUGGGCCGCAUGGGUGCGCAUCAAGACGCUCUACGGAGGAUCGUAG